UCGGUUUUGAUUUAGCAAUCAAUAUUGAAUUUACUGCUGGCUGGCAUUGUUACAAAAUUCAAGUUUUAAGCCUAUUAGGCAAUGAACAAUCCAUGGCGCGAAAUCGGCUUUGUCAGCAAGCAAAGGCCAAAGAAGCAUGUGAAAAUCAUUAAGAUCAAGAAACGCAUUGCCAAAUCGAAGAAGGUCUUCAAGCAAAGGCAAAAUGAAUUGAUACAACUUCAUUUGAGAAAUCGCAUCAAGCUUUUAAUUAUCGAAUAUCUCGAGCAAAGAUUGGCAGAUAUGCACAACAAGAAAAGGAUUCAGAAAACCGUAAAGUAACUUCAACCUCAGUGAUGUGAUGAAAAUUAACGUAAUUUUAAUGACUUCAAGUCGAAAGUUAUUAUGAAGAUAUUACCGGAUAAGAA